AUGAUCACUGCCACGAAUGUUGGCGCAGAGGAUCAGAGGUAUCACUCUCAAGAUCAGUUAUCUCUGGAAAACCGCACGUUGAUUCCAGGAAUUUUGACCACAGACAUUGGGUCAGCGUCACCCUCCCAUCCAUCAAUUGCAGACACACCAACACCGACUGGAUCCUACCCGACGCCGCUGCGCCUGAUUUCAGAUCAGGCGCAUCAGUCGUAUAGUCCCGAAGAGCUGCCCUCCGAGCAGAGUUUGUCACCGACCUCUACUAGCUCCUCGCCGCUUCUUCCAGGCCCCCAGAGCUUUAAUCAUCAGAGUAUCCGGCUCCUAGGCCACGAAAAUGUCACUGGACGGGCGCAUGAAGUCGACGUGCUGGCCGAACAUGAACGCACGCGACCCAGGUCUAAUAUGCGCGCCGCAUUCAUGAACAUGGCCAACUCUAUUAUUGGCGCCGGCAUCAUCGGACAACCAUAUGCAAUGCGGCAGGCUGGCCUAUUAGCAGGUAUUGCACUGUUGGUCAUCUUAACCAUCACAGUCGACUGGACUAUUCGUCUUAUUGUCAUCAACAGCAAGUUGAGUGGCCGACGCACUUUCCAGGGCACUGUAGAAUACUGCUUUGGUCGUACGGGAUUAGUGGCUAUCUCAUUAGCGCAGUGGGCGUUUGCGUUUGGAGGUAUGGUGGCUUUCGGAAUUAUUGUCGGCGAUUCAAUCCCACACGUUGCAGCUGCCAUAUGGCCCGGUCUCAAGAGCAUUCCUAUCUUGGGUCUCUUGACUAAUCGAAAAGCCGUAAUUCUGGUCUUCAUUAUGAGCAUAAGCUACCCCUUAAGUCUAUAUCGGGAUAUAUCAAAGCUAGCUAAGACAAGCACUAUGGCGCUCAUAAGUAUGGUGAUAAUCCUGAUGACAGUGAUUUUCCAGGGAUUUCUAGUCCCUACAGAAUCAAGAGGUGCUCCUGAUGCCUCACUCUUAACACUUCAAAGUAGUAUCCUUCAAGCAAUUGGGGUCAUAUCAUUUGCUUUUGUCUGCCAUCACAACUCCCUUCUGAUCUACGAUUCUCUACAGGCUCCUACUAUCGACCGCUUUUCCCUAGUCACCCAUUACAGCACCUUUAUUUCUAUGCUUGCCUGUCUACUCAUGGCUCUUGCUGGAUUCCUUACAUUUGGUUCCUUAACUGAGGGAAACGUUCUCAAUAAUUUCCCCCCCGAUAACGUCAUGGUUAAUAUUGCCCGCCUCUGCUUUGGUCUUAACAUGCUCACGACCCUUCCGCUCGAAGCGUUUGUCUGUCGUGAGGUAAUGGCCACAUACUGGUUCCCAGACCAACACUUUAGUAUGCCAUUCCAUUUGCUCUCAACAACUAUCCUUAUAACAAGUGCUAUGAUACUCAGUCUUCUCACUUGCGACCUUGGAAUUGUUUUUGAGUUGAUUGGCGCGACAAGUGCAUGCGUGCUUGCUUAUAUCCUUCCUCCUCUUUGCUAUAUAAAACUCAGCACGCGCAGCUGGAAGACUAUUCCAGCUAUCGUCUGUGCUGUAUUUGGGGUCCUAGUCAUGGUUAUCUCGCUUUUCCAGAUCAUGUCUAAAAUAUAUCGUCAGCAUGGGGGAGCAGCUAAAACCUGCUAA